UUGACAGCAAAACAAUAAAAUAACCUCCAAUCUGCAGUUGCUGUGAAACAAAUAAUAGCUAAUAAACUUAAAGAAAUCAAUGAAAUACUAAUGAAAGAUUCACUUCGGUAAUUUUAAUUUAAUUACAGUUCGUAAGGAUUUUAAAACAGUGCAAUAAUGUCCGUAGAACCAUACGAAUGUGACCUCGAUCCAGACACCAAUACGAGCCUCAAGGUGUACCUUUUCAAAGAUGUAAAGAAUGUGGAAACUAUAAGGAAGAAUGUUAUUAAAGGUUUAUGGAAAUGCUCUAUAAUUAAACCCAGUUUGAUUCUGGAUGUGUUUCAAGUGGCAGUAGCGGCUAACCGUGCGGUAUUAUCCGAGAAAACACAGACUAUGGUUACCAAGACUGUACAUUCGGAACUUUUGUACAAUUUAUCGCUUACGAAGAAUAUAUCGCAGAGUUUAAGCAAGUUUGGUAUAGAAAAAGACAAUAGCUUACUAGUCUGUUUUCUAAUCAAUGAUGAUGGUGAUGUAAGUCAAGAUAUUGUUAAGGAAAUAGAUGGAGAACAGUGCCCGCUAACUAGUUUGAACAGUUUCACUAAUAUCCAGGAUUUGAAAACUGUGUAUAAAUUGAACAAUUUAAAAAGUGAUGUGGAUUUACUUGAUAUUAUUGUUAGUAAAAUGGUGACGAAAAAUUUUAUAAAUCACUAGCAAUACUGUAAACAUUUUCCCACAUAUUUCUAAAAUGCCAUCAUAUUUCAUAAAAAU